AUGUUUGAUCUGGUUCCUGUACAAUGCUCGCCACCGACUGCACCAGCAAACGGAGCACUGAGUCCUAGCGGAGUGACCUACUUUGAAUACCAGAAUCAGGUUACCUUCACCUGUGACGAGGGGUACGAGCUGGACGGCGAGUCCACUGUGACGUGCCAAGCCGACCGAGAAUGGAGUGAUCCUGUUCCAACAUGCAAGGAGGAAGAUGAUACACUGACGAGUGGUGAGUGGAGUGGUUACAACUACACAAUACACGGCAGCCAGAAGGACCACUCCACUGCGGCAGAAACAUGUGCAUCUUUCGGGGCGCAUCUUGCUGUUAGCAAGUCAGAGGACGUCAACAACUUCAUUGCAAACCUCGCGAGUAGUGUGCUACCUAACGGGUUCUUCUGGAUUGGUCUGCAUGACUAUGAUAACGUAGGACUGUGGCAAUGGUCUGAUGACACUUUUCUCGACUACACCAGCUGGAACCCAGGGGAGCCCAGUGGUGGACAGGGCUGUGGACAACUGUUUCCACGACUAGCCACAUGGGACGACGACUAUUGCAGCAAUCAGAAGUAUUACAUCUGUCAACAAGCUUUAGAGGAUGACACGCUGACGAGUGGUAAGUGGAAUGGCUACAACUACACAAUACACGGCACCCAGAAGGACCACUCCACUGCGGCAGCUGCAUGUGCAUCUUUCGGUGCGCAUCUUGCUGAUAGCAAGUCAGAGGACAUCAACAACUUCCUUGUGAAUCUUGCGAGCGGUGUGCUGCCGAAUCAAGACUUCUGGAUUGGUCUCCAUGACUAUGAGCACGAAGGACAGUGGCAAUGGUCUGAUGACACUGAUGUCAACUACACCAACUGGAACCCAGGAGAGCCCAACAAUGGUCUUGGAGAGCAAAACUGCGGGAAACUGUACACAUCGACCUCUACGUGGGACGACGACUUUUGCGAUUCGGAAAAGUACUACAUCUGUCAACAAGGUUAA